CCAGAUUAAAAUUCUAAAUUUAACUUUAGUCUACGAAACAUGGCAUCGGAGCCAACAUCGCGCGCGUCCACGACGAUCGACAUCGAAAGGAUCAAAACCCUUCUGACCGACGAGCAGGUGUUGAGUGACAAUGUGGCCAGGAGGCGCAGGAGGUUCACGAAGAAGCGCAGCACCAGCUUGACGAAGCGCGACCCGACGCCGGUGCGCAAGUUCGACGAGAAGACGACGUCCGACGACGACGUUCCGGCGCCGGAGAAGCCGCGCCGGCCGAAGCGCACCAAAUCGGCGGCGUGCAGGAACCUCAGCGAGACCGAUUCGCCUUCGGUGGGCAGCGCCAGCGCCUCCAGGACGCCCAGCUUCCGGUCCAAGAUCAAGGCGUUCGAGGAGAAGAUCGAGCUGGACAGGCAGCCGAAGAAGCGGUUCGCGAGGAAAUCGGCCGAGCGCAAGAAGAGCCUCUCGGAUAUGGCACAGGAGGAGAUUUACGCGUUGUUGAAGAAGAUUAAGAAUUCCACCGGGUCCGAACAACGGAAGAAAUCUCUAUCCGACAUGGCGCAAGAGGCGCAAGAGGAAGUCACUACGUUGUACAACAAAACGAAGAAAUCCAUCACCAACGCCGCCAUCAAAGGAAGGGAUCGGUUUCGAAAGGACAAGGAAAGAGCGAAGAGAUCUCAAAGCGCCCCUAACAAAAUCGAAGAGCAGCAGGCUCUAAUGCAGCGACAAUUAGAAAUCGCCAAAGUGGAAAAACCAAGGAAAUACUCAGAGUCUAAUUUAGCUAAUGUUGUUCCCGACAUAGCAUUUCCGGGUCCUGUUAUUAAAAAAGCCUCGCACGUGAGACGAGGCUCUUUAUCUGAUCGAAAAAACCUACCCAAAUGCUCGUCUAAAGUCGUGGAAAUUUUAGAUCCGCAAUCCAAACACGUCGUAUCAAGAAAAACGCUAAUCAAACUACCGGUAAUAGGUGUAAAAGAAUUCUUCAAAAUCCUAAAAUUCUACUCGAUCGCCGAAAUAUUCAGGGAAUACAAUAAAUACACCAAAGAAAUGAAAACCGAACAUAGACGGAUCAAGGUACUGUGGAACAAAUGCAUGUUUCAAUUAUUCCUAAUCGUCCUUUACUGCGGCAUAGGCGGUUUCCUAUUCAAAUUCACUGAAGGACAAUUCGAAAAUUUCUACAAAUGCGGCGUGAAACGCGUUAAAAGGGACUUCAUCGAUCUGCUGUGGAUAAAGAGCCACAAUCUAAGAGAGGAAGACUGGAAAUCGCUGUUCAGAAACAAACUGCGUACCUUCGAAGAGGAACUUCACGUCGCCCACGAAGCGGGCAUGACCACCUACAGCGGACAAAGAUCGUGGAGUUUCCUCAACGGAAUCGUCUACGCUAUAUCCAUCGUUACCACUAUCGGUUAUGGUCACAUCUACCCGUCGACGCAAACCGGCAAGGCUUUAACCAUUGUUUACGCACUCGUCGGUAUUCCUCUCUUCCUUAUCGCCUUAACGGACUUCGGAAAAUUGUUUACCAGAGCCAUAAAGUUCUUGUGGUCCUUCGUCAGAAGAUUGUACUACACGGGGAGCUGCAGGAAAGUGAGGAAAAGCGCACAAGUCACGGAGAUAAUCAAGGGAGCGCAAUUCAUGUACGACAUAGCAACAUUCCGAAGGCCUUCCAACGUGUCCAACGAAGUCCAUCCAGAUAAACCAGUAGAAGGCGGUGUAAUUUAUCCAGAAGACACCCCGACCACUCCUGAAUUAUCCAAUUUCGAAAUCGACGAUGAAUUUAACCUACCGAUAUCGCUGGCUCUCUUCAUACUGGUGGCUUAUAUGUUCAUAGGAGCGGUGGUUUACUGCGCCUGGGAGCAAUGGGACUUCUUCGGUUCGUUCUACUUCGUCUUCAUAUCGCUAUCGACGGUCGGUUUCGGCGAUUACAUACCGAAAAAUCCGAUUUGUAUGCUCGUGUCGAUCGUGUACUUGGUGUUCGGGUUGGCGUUGAUGUCAAUGUGCAUUAACGUGGUGCAGGCUAAGCUCAGCGACACGUUCCAACAGGCUUCGUUGAAGCUUUCGUCCACUAUGGGCUUCGAAGUGACCGAUGAAGAGCUGGAAGGCAACGUCGAACCAGAUGGCAUACCUGAGGCUAUCGUCGAGGAAGGGGAACUCGGUCUUAAGAAUAAUGAAAAUGGUACAGCAGAAGUUGUUACUAAUGAGCCCAAAAUUGCUGAUGUAGACGAAAAGAAAGGCGAUGUUAAGGAUGUUGUAGAAAACACAAAAAUGCAAAGAUUUCAUGAGAUUAUCGAAACUACGGAAAUUUGGCUGUUUUCCAACUUCGCCACAAAAAAUUUCCACCUUGUGUACAUCCUAAAACUAAUUGUUAUAUUCUUCUUCGGCACCCUCGUUCCCGGAUACGUAUUUAUGGUUAUUGAAGACAAAGUAGAAGAACCGCCGAAAACGACCGAUUUAACGGAAGAUAGAUUACACAUGAUGGAGCAUCUCCACGCGCUGUCCGGAGAAAAGAUGGAUUACCACGAAUUUAAACAACACGCCGAGCAUUUACUCAACGAGUAUAUGGAGGUUAUAGUGAGCAAGGAACUCGUUAAGGAUUUCAUCAAAAAAAAUCGCGGACUUACUUCGUGGACGUUGUGGAACAGCAUCGUUUACGCGGCCACUGUAUACACGACAUUAGGUUACGGAGCACUGGUGCCUAAAACCUUUAAAGGCAGAUUAUUAACGAUGUUCUACGCUGUUAUUGGUAUACCGCUGUUUCUUGUCGCCCUCGCUGAUUUCAGUUCAUUCAUAACACUGAUUUUCAAGAUGUUGUGGUCGUUCGUUCGGAGGGUUUAUUACACGGGUUCGUGUAGUAGAAAAAAAUCCAAAGCAGAUGUAGCUGAACCACACCUAGAGGUAUUAGGAAGCAUAAGAUCGCUAAGUCUGGUCGAAUCGCUCCCAUCGAGUUCGGCCGAUCGGCUAUCGGUCAGCAGCCAAGAAACGGGCACCUCCUUGGAGCUGUCCACCUUCGACCUGGACACCGAAUUCAACCUGCCCAUCUCCAUCACCAUAUUCGUCUUCAUCUUCUACAUGUUCGUCGGCUCGGUGAUCUACUCGUACUACGAGCGCUGGUCGUUCUUCGAAUCGUUCUACUUCCUGUUCAUAUCGCUGUCGACCAUCGGCUUCGGCGACUUCAUACCGCACAAGCCCUUCUGCCAGAUCAUAUCGAUAUUCGUGAUAUUCUUCGGCCUGGCGAUUUGCACCAUGCUGAUCGUGGGCAUACAGAACUACUUCACGACGCGGUUCCACGGCGCCGAUAGCGACGGCGACGGCGGAUUCGACGACGGCGAGAGCAGCUUCACCGACGGCUCGGUGACCAGUCUGGUGAUGAUAGCGGCCAGCCAGACCGAUCAAAUCGUGCAGACGAUCAUCAAGGCCGAGGAGGAGGAGGAACUGAGACGGGGCAUCCGGCGCACGAGGAGCAAGUGGUUGGUGGCCGACGGGGUGGCGUCGUCGGCGAAGUUGACCAGGAGCACGAGCUUAUGAGAGAACAUAUAACUGAUGAUUGAUGAAUAAAUGGUGAAAGUGUAAAAGGAGCCGGGAGUUAGUGUUUCGUUGCGCUGUAUAAAAUUUUGGUUGGGCAGUAUGAAUGUUUUGUUGAGUAGUAUAAAACAUAUUUUGCACCAUAAAAUGUUUUCUUGGGCAGUAUAAAUGAUUUGUGGGGCAGUAAAAUGCUGCGUUGAUCGGUACAUGUAAAUGAUUAUGGGUCAGUGUGAAUGUUUUGUUGGGUAGUAUAAAUUAUAUUUUGGAUAAUAAAAUGUUUUCUUGAGCAGUAUAAAUCCUUUU